CCAGCCUUUCCCUCUCCUCUCUUCUCCUCCUCUCCACUGCCACUGGAGGAGAAUGAGAAUGCUCGAUUGAGAGAUAACAGAGAAGUUGAUGUGCUCUUUGUUGAUUUUUAACUGAUAAUACUUGCAAAAGCUUGGAGCUGUUUUUAGCGCAAGAAGAUAACAAAGUUCAUGGAGAAAACUGAGUAGAACUUGAAAGUUGCAAAAUUAAGACUAGAUUUUCACAAAUGAAGAGAUUAGAUAAAUUACAAGAAACACUUUCAUCCAUUUUUGGAGCCCACUCUGAUCAUGAGAACCAUGAAGCAAUGGAAGACAAGGAGGAUGUUGAAAAGAAUUUUGAAAAAAUAUUGAAGUUGAUCAACAGUGGACAGUAUAACAAUGAUUCAUCAGAUAAUGAUGCUGGCAAGUCUGAACUAGUAUCCCUUAUUAAUGAUUUCCAUAAGCGAUAUCAAUCCCUCCAUGGGCAUUAUGACCAUAUGAUUGGUAAGCUAAAGAAGCACAUUCGGCAUAAGAAAGGGUCCAAUGGAAGCAUUUCACUCAAAUUUGGCUCGUCCGAGUCUGAAUCGUCAAGUUCGGAAUCUGAGGAAAGCUUAAGUAGGAAAGAGAAGUCCAACAGAAAGCAUGGAGAACCAGAGGUUUCUGUAGGAGAUUAUGAGGCACUGCUAAGGCAGCAUGAUACCUUGAAAAUCAGAAAUGAUGAGCUUGAGAAUGAAGCUGCCUUGGUGCGUGUAAAGCUUGAAGAAGGGGAGAGUUUAGCAGUUCAAUUGGCUGAAAAGGAUAAAAUGUUGUUAGAGCAGGAAAAUGAAAUCCAAACCAUCAGAGAAAAUGUGAAGGUCUUACAAGAUGAGAAUGAAGGCCUUAAGCAAGAGUUGGAGACUGUUUCUAAGUAUGAUGUGGAGGUAGAUCAAAAGCUUAAAAGCAUACAAAAUGAAAAUGAGGCUCUUAUAUCAGAAAAAACUGUUACUCUAAGCAGGCUACAUGACGAAGAGAAGUUGAUAGAACAGAUGAAACAAGAAAUGUCGCGAUUGGAAUCUGAAAAUGAUUGUCUGAAGCAGGACUUGGAGAAAGCAGCACAAGAUGUGGCUAAUUUGAACAAGCAACUAAAUACUGUGAAUGAAGAAAUGGACAGUCUGAGAGGGGAGAACUCAAUGAAUUUGAGCAAGAUACAGGAGUUGGAGAAUGGUUUCAGUGAUGCCCAAGCUGAAUUGAAGUCCACCGUUGAAAAUUUAUCAUCUCAGAAUGUGAACUUCUUGUCUGAGAAUGUAGAACUGAAAAAUAAGAUGGAACUUACUGACCAACAAGUAGCUGAUCUUAGCCAGAAAUUAGCCAUUUCUGUAGAAGAGAAUGCUGCUGUGACAUCUGAGUUAUUGAGAUUAUCAAGCAAGUUGGAAGAGGUUGAGAGAAACAUUAAAGAACUAACAAAUGAUUGUGAACUGUUAAAAGAAGAGAACUCAAAACUGCAAGUCAUUAAUAAAAGUCUGGAUCAGCAAAUACAAGCCAAAAAUGAGGAAAACAGUAUUCUUACGUUGGAGGCACAGGAGAAGGUGGGAUUGCUAAUGACAGAAGUAGAGAAGUUGAAAAGUGACAAAUCUCAGUUAUUUGGUGAUUUGGAAAAUUUGAGAUUGGAACUGACAGCUACAAAGCUGGAAGCUUCUGAAGCAAAAAAUGUUAUAGAUAUUGCAGAAGAUGAGAAGGCUUUACUAUCUUCAGAAAAGAUGACUUUAUUAACCCAGAUUCAGCAGCUUGAAAAGAAUUUGGAAGACAUCAAUGAUGAGAAUGAAAAACUCAGGGCUGAUAAAUCACAAUUGCAAAUCAAAAUCAAUGACCUUGGUCUUGAACUGGAAGUGGCAAGGAUCCAAGUGGAUGAUAUGACUAAAAAUCUUGUAGCUGCAGAAGAAGAAAGAACUGCAUUAAAAUCAGAGAUUACAAUGGUUAUGUGCAAGUUGGAGCAGUCUGAAGUUGAUGGUAAGCAACUCCAGGAUAAGUUUGAAAAAUUGAAAGAAGAAGAAAGCAACAUGUUGCAGCAAAACCAGAUAGCAGAGAAUGUCAUAGAGAAACUCAAGACUGAAAUUGAACAACUAAGAGCAGACAACUCCGAGUUGCAUGUCAAGGUCAAGGACCUGAUGCUUCAACUGGAAGUGGCUGAUCGUGAAUCUACUAAUCUGAAGGAAUUACUUGGAGCUGUUGAGGAGGAAAAACAAUCAUUGGCCUCAGAAAUUGUGGUUCUCAAGGGCAAGUUAGAGCAGGUUGAAUAUAAAGUGAAUGAAAUCGAUCAAGAACUGGAAUUAGUGAAAGAGGAAAAUGGCAAACUGCUGAAUGUUCAGAAAGACUUGCAGGAUCAGAACCAUGAACUAGAAGUGAAGCUAGAAGAGGUCAAGAAGGAUGCAUCUGAUCGAUUCCUGCAAAUGGAGCAAGAUUUUCUGCUUCAGAAAAGUACGGUGGAAGAUGAACUCAGCGCGAAAAUAUCCAAUCAGCAAAGUCUGCUGAAUGAUCAGGAUGAUAGGUUCAACAAAUUGUUAGAAGAUUACAAGCAGCUUGAAAUACGAUACCAGGAAUCAUGCUCAGAACUUCAGAGUGCAAAGGAGAAGAUUGAAGAAAUCAGUCUUAAAGAAGAGACUAUUCAGUUGUUGGAAACUGUUGAUAAAGAGAAGCAGGAGAAGAUAUCCAAGUUGCAUCAGAGCUGCAAAGAACUGACAGAACAACUUAAACAAUCUGAAUCUGAAAAGGCGGAUUUUGAUAGAGAAAUCACUAAGCUUCAGGGGCAAAUUCAGACACUUGAGGUCCAGCUUCGACUAGUGAACCAGAAACUUAAAGUCACAGAAACUGAAAGCAAGGAUAAAGAAGAAGAAAGAAAGAAAAUAGUGGAAGAAAUCCGGGUCGAACGCAGGGAACUUGAAGAACGAGUUUUUGCAUUGACUAAAAGGAGUGCUAUUUAUGAAAAUGAACUUAAGAAGAUGUACGAAGCGGCGAGAGUCGGCAUAGCAGUUUUAGGUGAUCUCCUCAACAAGUUGGAAUCAACAUUCAAAGAAAACCACCGGCAACUCAAAAUGCAACUAGACGAGUGCACAGAAGAGCUUCACACAGCGAAGGCAUCCGUAGCAGCAGUGGUUUUUGAAAAACAAGAGCUACAAGUGAGAGUGAAAUACAAAGAAGGAAUCAUUGCAUUGUUAAAAGAUGAGGCAGGGAUUGCAGGAGCUAAAAUGGCUGAAUUAGAAAAAGAUAAAGAGGAACUGAUGAGAAAUGCAGUCAAGACCGAGAAGAAGAAUGUCGAACUGGAAAAGAAGUUGAAGGAGAAGGAAGAGUCAGUCUUGGUUGUGAAUGAGGAGAAGAGGGAGGCAAUCAGGCAGCUCUGCAUCUUGAUUGAAUACCAUAGAGAAAACUGUAAUCAGUUGCUGAAAUACAUAUCAGCAAAUCGUAAGAACAAGCGAUAAAUAUUCUCCAAAAAUUUUUCUUUUGUUCUGUAUUUGUCAGUUGAGCCAUUUAAAAAGGCCGGAAGAGUGCACAUCAGGAAGUUAGUGCCUUUGGCCGUUAUAUUUUGAAAUGCAUAGCUGAAAAUCUCCACCAUAGUUAUAGCCAUUCAGAGGGGUUAUGGAACCUUAGUUCUGGGUAUAGAAACUUAAUAUUUCAUUUUGUAAUUCUUUUUGUCAAAUUUUUUUUCUCUGCAUUAAUUGGUUUGUAAUAGAGAAUGGAGCUAUGAAACGCUUGAUGUUCAUGUUUUACCAUGUCAUUUUGAUAUUUCGCUAUUUAGUUCUAAAAAUCAUGUUUGUUA